CGACAUGAAAGACGUCACUUCCGUUUCCAGGAAGAUGGCUGCUCACCCGGAUCGCGGAGUUCCUCUAAGUACUCUUUCUCCUAAGUUUCUUCAUACCAAUUCCACCAGCCAUACCUGGCCCUUCAGUGCCAUCGCCGAGCUCAUCGACAAUGCCUGUGAUCCAGAUGUCCAGGCCAAACAGUUCUGGAUCGAUAAAACGGUCAUCAAAGGACACGAAUGCCUCACUUUCAUGGAUAAUGGAAACGGUCUGGAUCAUGAGGCUAUGCAUAAAAUGCUCAGCUUCGGUUACAGUGACAAAGUUGCCGUGAACGGCAUCGAGCCGAUUGGAAUGUAUGGCAACGGUUUCAAAUCUGGAUCCAUGCGUCUCGGGAAAGACGCCAUCGUUUUUUCCAAGUCCAAGGACGCCUCGUGCGUCGGGAUGAUCUCUCAAACAUACCUGGAAGAGAUUAACGCCCAACAGAUCAUUGUGCCCAUUGCCUGCUUUGAUCACACUGGCAAGAAAAACAUGCAUGUCAGAGAAGAGCACAAAGCCAGUCUGCGGGACAUCUUGCGCUACUCUCCUUUCAAGAUGGAAUCAGACCUGCUCUUGGAGAUCAGCGCCAUUAGCUCCACCUGGUCCAGCGUGACGACCGGCACGCGGAUCAUCAUCUGGAACCUCCGCAGGACAUCCACUGGCACAUUAGAGUUUGAUUUCCAGAAAGAUCGUUACGAUAUCCAAAUACCAUCCGAUGUCUACGAAGCGUUGAACCAGCCUUUUGAGAGAAUCCCAUCACAUGUACCCGAGAGUGUGUACUCGCUUAGGGCAUACUGCAGUAUUCUGUAUCUGAAGCCUCGCAUGCAAGUCGUCAUACGAGGUCAGAAGGUGAAAACCCAACUGAUCGCCAAGAGUCUGGCGAAGAGCGAAACGGACCGCUACAAGCCCAACUUCCUUAACAAACGAGUGCCCAUUAUUUUUGGCUACAACACCAAAAGCAAAGACCAUUACGGCAUCAUGAUGUACCACAAGAACCGUCUCAUCAAAGCCUACGAGCGUAUAGGCUGCCAGCUCAAGCCCAACAACAAAGGUGUCGGCGUCAUCGGUGUCAUCGAGUGCAACUUCCUCGAGCCUACACACAACAAACAAAGCUUUAUUGAGAAUGACAAAUACAGGAAAACUAUGAACAGUUUGGCCUCCAAACUAGAUGACUACUGUAAUCAAAUCCGCUUCAAAAUGGCUACGGACAUGCCAGGCAGCAGCGUGGAAGAUAUCUGUAAGCGUCCAGAUCAGACGUGGGUGCAGUGUGACAGUUGCCAGAAAUGGCGCAAACUCCCCGACGGUAUCGACUGCAGCAGGCUGCCCGACAGUUGGUUCUGUCACAUGAAUCCCGAACCUCAGUUCAGGAACUGUGAGGUUGAGGAGGAGCCCGAAGACUCCGACGACGACCAGCCGUCGUAUCGAAAAACCUACAAGCAAAAAGCAAAGGAGGACAAACGGAAUCUACAGAGAGUCAAAAUCAGCCGUUCCUUGUCUACUACGACUUUUAAAGGCGUGACACAACAAGAGGCGAGGUUCGCCCCACCGGUGACCACCGUCCUUUCACCUUCUGCUUGCAGCCCCUCCGGUAGCAGUGGCCUUCCGCGUAUUUCAAGCGUGUGCUCCCUGUCGACACCUCCCUCAAUGGGAAAAAGAGGGAAGUCCGCCGAGACACAAAGUACACCAAAAAGGCCAAGAGUGAGCGCCCCGGGAGAUGGGAGCCCACUGAGGUCUGCUGCAGUUCCCUCAGGUGGGAAUAACGAGUCUUUCAGUACUCCCAAGCCCAAAACGUUGGUUACUGAUUCAAGUGACUUGAAGACCGGAAUCGAGCGAAAUGCAGCUCAUGUCGGCAACGGAUCAAACACUGCAGGAAUCGUUUUUUCCACUGUACCACCCCCCCAGAUUGUGCACGCUGUCACCCAGACAGAUCCACCAGAAGUAAUGGUGAAAAAGGAGAACAUGGAGGAACUUCACCAAACAGACGAGUGCAGCAUUCAGCAAAGAAUCGGACAAAAAAGUAACGGAGAGACUCCCAGCCGGAAUAACGCCCAUCAGACGGAGCAAAAUAUAUAUUGUGUGGACAGUGAUGAUGAUGUAAUCUUCCAGUCCGUUCAUUGGCGCUUGGAUGCACCUGGUCAAGCUGUGAAGCUCGAGGAACAUUGUGAGGCCGGUGUGGAUUCCGACCAAUCAAGCCAGACGGGGCGGCCAAAAGACUAUAAAAGCUGGUUUGAAAAGGCCAGACAAAACAUUCAUCAGCUCGUUAGCAGCAGAGCUCAUUUACUGAAAGCUGACGACACCAAAGCCAGGACCGCCAGCGGCGACGAGGAGGAGGACGAGGAGGAGGAGGAGGAGGAGGAGGUGGACGCCAUCACCAGGCAGGUGGACUCUCUAGUCCGGGAGCUGGAUCAAAGAACCAGGGAGAGGGAUCAACUGAGGGCACAGUUGGACAAUCUAGAGGGGGAGAAGGCCAGCCUUUCAUUCCAGUGUGAGGAGUUGAGGAUGAGGCUGCAGCAGCUCACAGAGCAAACACAGCACCGUGGGGGCAGCAGCGCACUGCAGAAUAAUACUUGUACUACACGGACGGAGAACAGAUCUUCAGCUCCGGAUGCGUACAAAAGUUUGAUUGAGCUACGUCACAACAUCGGACGCCUUCUUGUCAACUUUGUGCCUUUCCUGGACCUGGGCCAAGUCAAUUACGAGUGUAGCGUCAUUGAUGAGAUGCUGGAACAAGUUGUCUCUGAUGACAAGUCUUCGAACUGGAUUAAAGCCUCGUGCUCAAACUGUACUCCGAGGUAGUACAGAUUGUGGCAAAUUGGUCACGUUUUUUAACACGGACAUGCAAUAGUUGUGUCUUUUUUUUUUGUAUUUUUUUUAUCAUGUCUUAAUUUCAAAGCCUGGACAAAUCUGGACUUGGUAAAAUACAAUUAUGAUGAUUUCAUACAGGCUUUCUUUGCACCUCAAUGCAAAGAAAAUAACGCGGUCAACAACUUGAUGUUGUUUGUAGGUUUUAGGGGAAGGAUCAUGGCGGCUGGCUAUGCGACAGUAAAGUGUGGUUGCGCAAUAAAAGGCACUCCAAACGA